AAAAGAGAAUAGCUGCAUAUACUUUAUAUUAAACGUUGAUUUGUACAGCUAUACUUUAGUGGGAAUAUUCAUUUACUCUUUUUGUACCCGGGAACAUUUCUACACUAUAAAUACCGUCAAGUUAAACAAUUAAAAUAUCACUAAUUCGACAGUAUACCUUUCCACUAUCACGCGAUCUUUAAGUACAGAAUUUGAACAUUUGUGCUGAAAUAUUUUUCAAUGAAGUGCACCUCAAAUUUAUUAAGAUGUCGAGCUGCCUAUAUCACCGUUGAACACACGAAAAAAUCAUAAUUUUUGUUUGUAAUUAAGUAAGCUUCUCAAUGAGUUCUGGAAAAAGGUUUUAAGGCUCUUUUUCACUAUCAUGACUUUCCGGCUUUCUCUUCGGGUCAUGAUAACGAUCUGGAAGUUUCAGAAGAUAUUUAUUUUGGACUGCUUUACGAAUGACUUAACAUGAAACCUAGAAAAAUUUUAAAGCAAAUAUUUUGGAUUUUCAGAGAACCGUGGAACAAAAAAACCGCUUUGUUGCUUUUUUCAUCUCAGAAUUAUGUGUAUAAUAUAAAAUAGUGAGCCAAUUUCUCUGAAUUGCCUAUCUCAAGUGGAGACAGACGAGUGACAAUAGUAUAGGUUAAGGACACAAUGGGCCUAUUUUUCAGGGUCAAGAAAAUCUAGUUGCUAAGACUGUUUGAAUCGGAAUUUUUGAUCAAAAAAAUAUUCUCCUACUUUUUGACACUGAAUUGAUGAAAUCUCUUCAUUACUUCCCACACAGUGUAUUGUCUCUACUCCCUUCCCCACAAGGUUAUUAUUCUACAGUUUCCGCUUGUAGGGAAGCUGAUGUUGAAGUGGAAGAACAAACUGAUACAGACUUGGAUAAAGUUUUUAUUGGACAAUUGAUGGAUAAAGUUCGACCAUUUAUAAAAAUGGUGAAAAAAUCAUCCAUUCUUACAUCGUAUGUUGAUGAUGAGAAAUUAAACUAUCCACAUUUGAAACGUUCAUUGCGUCUGGAUGUGAAAACCCGUUGGAACAGUAGUCAUCGUAUGCUUACAACAUUUAUAAAAUUUAGGCCAAUUAUUACAAAAUUGUAUACAAAUAAAUGGUCAAUUCCCAUAACAAAAAUCCAACGGACAAAAUUGCAAUAUCUUGAAUUGUCUAGUGAUGACUGGACAACAUUAAGCACACUGGAAACGGUUCUUGCUCCAUUUUAUCAUGCAACGAAAAUAAUGAGUGGUUCACAGUAUCCAACAAUCGGUAUAGCGUUUUAUUUGUUACGAGAGUUGAAAGAAUUUCUUGAUAAUGACGAUGGAGAUGAUAUUUUAUUGAAAAGUUUGAAAUCUCUACUUCAUGCACAAAUAUUGAAAUAUUUUGAUCAUGAUAAAGAACAAUAUGAUUUGUCGAAAGUGCAUGCGUAUUUUGACCCUAUUGGAUUUCAUAUAUUAACGAAUAGUGAAAAAUCAUCCAUCGAAAGAGAAUUAAAAGCUAUGUACAAAAAUAUAAAUGGUAGUCCCUCUCCUGAUCAAUUAGCAAUAUCUCCAUGUCCAACAAUAAAUAAAUCACCCAAUGCACCUAAAACAAUAACUUGUUAUAAUUGUCCACUAAGGCAUUAUAAUUUUCUGCUAACACCUGAUAAUAUUCCAACAUUUACCAAUUGUACAUCAGUUACAACAACGCAAAGGUUUUGCUCAUUAAAUAUUUACUCGGAUGAUAAUGGAAACACAAGCAAACUACGAGCAAACCCAAACGCAGGUGUAGAACGUGCAAAUGUUUCUUAUAUUUCAACUGGAUUUGACGUACCUAAAAGAUUUGAUGAUAAUAUAUCAUUCGGUAUUCUUUAUCAAUGUAUGACCGAUAAUUGUAAUAAUCCACAAAUGAUAGUAAAGCGAAUACUUCAAGCAUCAACAAUUGAAACAUACAAACCGCGCCAUUUAUUAUUCGCAACUGAUCAAUCAUUAUCGCCAACAGCAACUCUUUUCUGUUCAACAUAUUCAAAUUUUACAAAUGUCGAUGAAUGUAGUCCAUCAUUUCAUAUUCGUCAGUCAUUACGUGCUGAUGAGAAUUGUACAACAUAUUGCGUAACAUCAAUCCAAAUUGAUCCAAUAGAUUUAAAGACUGAGAGAAUGUGUUCAUAUUGUGAAACAGAAACGAAAGAACGCUUUUUAUAUAUUGAUGAAAGAAUACAUUUAUUAGAUAAACGCAUCAGUUACUUACAACAAUUAGAGUAUCUUUGUAAUACAAGUAAUUAUUGUAAUUCAUUAGAAAAUAUACGACAAAUACAACAAAGAUACAAAAUAGCAUUUGAUUUCGAUAUAUUUUUUAGUGUAAACGACACGACGACUACGGCAACUAUGAUGACUAGGACAAAUCCACAAGUUAACACGACCGCCAUGAAUUUACGCUGA